AUGGAGGCAUUUGUGCAACUUCAAUGCAAGCACAACGGCCAAUCUCAGUUACUGCUAUUAGUUAUGCAACAAACUUUGGUUGAAAUCAACACUAGGUUAGGAAUUGCUGGGGAGCAUAUGAUGCGUUGUGGAUUGAGGUGGAGAGAAGUGGAGACAUGGAUUCGGGAUUAUGAUAGGAUUCAGUCGCUUGCAGUUAAAUUGAUCUACGUUCAGAUUGGUUGCUCAUUGAUUGGAUCGCUUGGAGCGUUUUACAACGGGCUCUUGCUCGCUAAUUUGGCAGUUUCGUUAUUCGCGCUUGUCGCCAUUGAGAGCAGCAGCCAAAGUCUUGGCAGGACCUAUGCCGUUCUUCUCUUGUGCUCUAUAUUGCUCGAUGUUGCCUGGUUCAUUCUCUUCUCUCACGAAAUCUGGCACAUUUCAUCAGAGAUUUAUGGAACCUUUGUUAUCCUUUCGGUGAAGCUCGCCCUAACCAUGCAAAUUAUUGGGUUUUCAGUAAGGUUAUCAUCUUCAUUACUGUGGAUACAGAUGUACAGAUUGGGUGCUUCUUACAUAGACAAUUCAGCUCCCCGAGAAACAGAUGUUGAUUCGAGAAAUAGUUUUCUCAAUCCUGCAACUCCUAUAGUUAGUCAUCCGUCUGGUUCGGAUAAUGUUAGUGGAGGCGCUGUAUAUGAUCCAGCAUAUUUUUCAUCUCUUUUUGAAGAUGGUAGAGAUGAUGCAAGUUUGUUAGGGAUUGGUCAACAUCAUGGCAUUGCUGUGGUGGAGUCGCCCUCUUCUGCUGAAACUUCUCGACUGAAUCCAUCGAUGAGCAGAUCUUAUCGUAUUGAAGAUGGUGAUAAUGCUGCAAGAAAGCUUCGGAUAGUUUGA